AAAAGAAAAGAGAAACAACUUCACCAACCAAAGGAGAGCAAAGUAGGCAAAUAUCAAUUUCCACAGCCUCCGACAACUACUACACUUACCAACCCCUCCUUUCUCACUAUAUAUAAAAAUGCAAUGGAAUCAUCAAUUCAAAACCCAACAUUGAAAUUGGAUAUACAUUCCACCAAAUGGCUACUGCUACUACUACCGCAUCUUCCUCAAGAAUUGGUUCAACACCAACCAUUCCUCCUGGACUUUAUUCUGAUUCAUUCAACCCCGCUUCUAUCUCUUUCUCUUCUAACAUUCACGGUCUCUCUCUCAAAUCUUCAGUGUCAAAGAAACAGCUAUACUCACGUAGAACAGGUGCAGUUGUCAUAACACAGAGCAUGGACAGAGUUGAGGUUGAUAUCUCGCUCAGCCCUAGGGUAAAUUCAGUAAAACCCUCAAAAACGGUUGCUAUAACUGAUCAGGCAACUGCUCUUGUGCAAGCUGGUGUACCUGUUAUCCGAUUAGCAGCUGGUGAACCUGAUUUUGACACUCCAGCUCCUAUAGCAGAGGCUGGGAUAAAUGCAAUUCGUGAAGGUCAUACCAGGUAUACACCAAAUGCAGGUACUAUGGAACUUCGGUCAGCUAUUUGUCAUAAGCUAAAAGAGGAGAAUGGGCUAUCUUACACGCCUGAUCAGAUUUUGGUAAGCAAUGGGGCAAAACAAAGUAUUGUUCAGGCAGUGCUUGCAGUUUGUUCCCCAGGGGAUGAGGUUCUUAUUCCAGCUCCCUUUUGGGUGAGUUACCCUGAAAUGGCAAGGAUGGCAGAUGCAACGCCUGUGAUUCUUCCGACCGGCAUAUCUGAAGAUUUUCUCUUAGAUCCAAAGCUUCUUGAAUCUAAACUUAGUGAGAAGUCAAGACUUCUGAUUCUUUGUUCUCCAUCCAACCCAACAGGGUCUGUUUACCCUCGGAAAUUGCUUGAAGAGAUUGCUGAGAUUGUUGCUAGGCAUCCGAGGCUUCUUGUGAUAUCAGAUGAAAUUUACGAACACAUUAUUUAUGCACCAGCAACCCAUACUAGCUUUGCAUCUUUGCCUGGUAUGUGGGAUAGGACUCUCACUGUAAAUGGUUUCUCUAAGGCAUUUGCGAUGACUGGAUGGAGACUUGGCUAUAUUGCUGGUCCUAAACAUUUUGUUUCUGCAUGUAAUAAGAUCCAGAGCCAGUUCACAUCAGGUGCAAGUAGCAUCUCCCAAAAAGCAGCUGUCGCUGCUUUGGGACUUGGCUAUGCUGGUGGAGAAGCAGUUGCAACUAUGGUAAAAGCAUUUCGUGAGCGACGUGAUUACCUUGUCAAGAGCUUUGGGGAAAUAGAUGGUGUCAAAAUUUCAGAGCCUCGGGGAGCUUUCUAUCUAUUUAUUGAUUUAAGCUCUUAUUAUGGAGUAGAGGUUGAUGGAUUUGGCUCCAUCAAUGACUCAGAAUCUCUUUGCCGAUAUUUGCUGGAUAAAGCUCAAGUAGCGCUUGUCCCAGGAGAUGCAUUUGGGGAUGACACAUGCAUCCGUAUCUCCUAUGCAGCAUCCCUCUCGACCUUGCAGGCAGCAGUGGAGAGAAUCAAGAAAGCAUUGGUUACUCUUAGAUCUCAUGUCCCAGUUUAAAACAUGCAUCAAUUAUAAUUUGAAUGCACCAACAGACAAAAGGUUGUAUAAUAGUUUGUAGUCUGACCUUCCAUGUUCUGUCAUUUCAUGUAUUCUUAAGUGCAUUACUGCCAAUUAUUUUUCCCGGAUCUUGAUUUAAGUUGUUGAUUUUGUGUGCACAUUCUGAGUUGAUGAUCAAAAAUGCAAAUAAUUGAGUCUGGAUUUUCUUUGUUUUUG